UUAAUCUGUGGUUGACACUGACAAGCUGACAAGGUCAAAAAUUAUAAAAAUAAACAAUAUUUUUUACCAUUUCCAUUUUAAACAAAAUUUAUAUACCUAAAAUGAAAUGUUCAAUUAAAAUAAUAUCAAAUAUAUUGAUAUGAGUAUAACGCAAAAUUAAAUGACUAAACUUUAGUCGAGUUAUAAUAAGUUUGUAGAAGGCAAGGCUUGAAUAGGUUAUCAUAGAGUUAGAGUGCUACGACGUAUCAAUAUGCGUCAACUGAGUGGUGAAGUUAUCUAUUAUUAUAAUUUAUUCCUCAAAAUAAUUGCACGUGUAAAGUUGUUGGCUCCCAUUCAAAUAAAAUAAUGUCAUUUAUACGAGAAUGAGUUGAAUGUGCUAGUUAUAUAAGUGUGUUUAAAGUUGAAAAUGGCAAUCUGGAGUAAGAAUGCUGUUACAAUAUUCACGAAGUAUCCAUUAAUUCGGGGUAUGGUCUCAUAUGGUGUAAUUUGGCCCAUAUCUAGUUUUAUACAGCAAACGUUCGAGGGCAAAAGUUUUGAUACUGAAAACAGAUAUGAUUGGUGGAGGUGUGCUCGUUUUGGUUUGUAUGGUUCAUGCUAUGUGGCUCCAACAAUUUAUACAUGGUUUACUAUUGCUAGUAAAGUCUGGCCUGGUACUACAUUAAAAGUUGCACUUAUUAAGACAUUCGUUGAAACUAUUACAUACACUCCAUUUGCAAUGUGUAGCUUCUAUUUUGGUAUGAGUUUAUUAGAGCAAAAAUCUAUUGAAGAAGCAAUUACAGAAGUUAAAAUGAAAUUUUUGCCUACAUAUAAGGUUGGCGCGUCGGUUUGGCCUGUUGUUGCUUUGAUAAAUUUCCAUUUCAUACCUCCACAAAACAGGGUUCCUUUUAUAAGUGUUUGUAGUCUUAUUUGGACCUGCUUUUUGGCCUAUAUGAAGCACCUAGAAGCAGAAGAAAUACCAAUACAACUAAAAAACAGAUCUGCUAGGCUAAAUGCUUGAAACAAGUAAAAAAAAUGAUUAUUUAGACCAAUUAUUAUGAUUUUAGUAUUAAAUUAUUCUGUCAUAAAGCUGUAUCCAUAUUUGUAUCAUUUGCCUGGAUAAAGCACCAUAUCUCUGUCAUCAAUACAUAAGAUGAUGAUCAUGAUUGUACACUAAUUAUAUGCAGUCUCAAUAUGCCUCUCUGAUCUCAUUCGGAAUUACUGCAAAGUGCGUGUUUAGAUAUAAAGAUAGAGAUGACUGUCAGCAUGACAAAUCUGUUAUCAGAUUGAAUAAAAUGAUACAAAAUGGACUGUCAUAAAAUAGCUUUAUGUUACAAUUUAAUUUUGAUUACUUAUGUAUUAUUUAUUAAGUAGCAAAAAUUUAAUAAUAAGUAUUUUAAGUAUUUUCCACUUUUUACCUUGUCAAAGUAUAUUGUAUUAAAAAUUACUAUUAGUAUUUACUUUCAGUAUUGUUUUCUUGAAUAUUAUUUUUAAGGAUAAAUAGUUUAUAAAUUAUACUAAUAUAUUAAAUAAAUUUAUAUAAUAAUAAUAUUGGAAUAAAUUUAUAUUCCAAUUAUGUUACAAAAUAUGAAGUUACAUUCUCUAUUUUUGCUGGUAGAUACUAAGAGAAGGAGCUCUUAUACAGGUAUUAGGUUUAGUCAAUAUAAAUGGUUAUUGUAUCAUACAGGGAAAAUAUGAAUAAUCAAAACAUGAAUCAUACCAGUCCUUUAAAUUUUCAUAUUUAAAAUUUAGGGACUGAAAGCAAUGCUCAUAAUUGGAUCAUUGCAUUCUGUGCCUGAAUUUUCAUGUCACCCAGACAUGGAAAUGUCCCUCUAAGCAGAGGUCUGAGAGUCACGUAGGUACAAUAAUUAUAAUUUGUUGCUCACAGGACAUGUAGAUUAGUGGCAGGUGUCCACAAAUCUGCAUUGUAUCGGUCAGAUACAUCUUCAAGUCUUCAUUAAAUACAGCCAGUAUUAUUUUGACCAUACAGAUCAUGUGUCCUAAUUUUCCUGGGACUAUUCCAUAGUAUAAUAAAUUAAUAAUAUAUUUUUUGAACUCUGAAUACAUAUAACAUUUUAGCUAAUAUUAUUAAUAGGUAAAUAUUUAUCUUAUAUUUUAGAUAGGCACUUACCUAUACAGCUUAAUAAAAUUUUUGAUGCUUUUUGAGGUUUAUUGCAUUGUGAGUUUAUGAAAUAUCUACUGGAGUCUUGGAGUGAAUAAUUACUAGCUUUACUUUCUUGUUAUUGGAGGAUUGUGCAAUGGUUAAAUAUUUAACAUUGUUUAUUAAAAAUGAUAAUUAACCAUUUCUCUGCAUUGUUAUUACAAUCAAUUACGUUUGUUGCCGUCAGAUAAAGGCAUGCGGUAAAGGUACAAAUAUUUUUUAUGCCAUCAGAAAUUUUCACGAACUUUUGAUGCCGUAAAAAUAUUAAUAUCCGUGUUUUAUUUUUUAUUAGUUGUUGACUUGUGUAAUUGUUGAAUGUACUGUACCUACAUAAUAAUAUCUAGAAAAUCCAAAACUAUAAAAAUGUUUAAUGACGAA